AGCUGUUCAGAUGACAACAGUGGAGUCAACCACUUCAAAUAAGACACUUCUAUUUACUACCCCUCUGAGCUGCUGAUUAUUUGUGAUGGUGUGUAACAACCUGACACAAAUAGUAAACAGAUCCAUACUAGAAGAGCAACUCGCUUAAUAAGAUAUCCCCUGGUGCACUAUCAUCUCAUCCAGCUGGACGCCGCACGGUGAAGAUAAUUGGAUACAUCAACAGAGGAAGUUUUUAUUUCCCUGUAGGAAAAAACAGCGAUGUGGGGUAAUAAACCGCACAACCUAUGGAUAAUGUGGUUAUAGCAGUGUAUUUAGAUCGUAUUGACAAGUCAUUAAAAUGCACUUCAGUUUGUGUUGAGCAUGUCAAUAGACACCCGAACGCGAGAGUAAGAGAACUGAUGUAUUUUCUUGUGAUCACCAUAUGAACGCACACAGGGGCGACGAUCCGCUACAAUAAACUGGGGAUGUCUACAGUGAGGAAGGGGGAGGGUACCACUUUGUCACAGACUGCUAUGUAGAUUAACCUUUCAAUUAGUUAUUAUCAGGUCCGCUCUGCCACCGCGAGAAUUGCUGCGUGUGUUCAAAUAUAGUGUAUGGAUUAAUCCUUUGAAACCUACAUUUUGGGGGCUUUCAAUCAUCGUGUUAAUGAAGAGAGGUCUCGAGGAUAAAAAAACUUGAAAAGUGUUCGUAAAGGUGGGCUUGUCUACAAAUUGAUGUUUGUAGCCUACUUGGAGAUAUUAUUGCACAUCACCAUCUUUGAUUGGGAUCAGUGAUUAAGGCAACAUCAGCAGCAGGCAGCAGCGGUGCUCUUCGCAACCUCACUACUAAAUUUCAAGUUGCAAAACAUCAGUAGUUGGGGUUACAUUGGGAUGAAUGCAGAGAGGAUGGAAUACACUUCCCUAAUCCUACACUUCCGGAUUCUAGGUGUCCCAGUGGAAUUAUAAAAUGUGUCUGUACGCCAGCUCUUUGGUAGAUGAGCAUCCUGACAAUUGAGGAAUUAUCUCCUGAAUCUUUACCCGUCUCUGUCACUAUAUCUCGGAAUUACAUAAACAUGCCUUGAUGCUGUUUUGCAUCACAUAACGUGCUUUGUCCUGAGGAUGUUUUAACAGUCUCACACCGUGGAGAAAGAGGACGGAAUUAUUUAUGGAUCGCUUUUUCCCACGUCAUACCGCCUAACCAUGGUAAAACUCGCCAACCCUCUAUACACGGAGUGGAUUUUAGAGGCAAUUCAGAAGAUCAAACGGCAAAAGCAGCGGCCUUCCGAGGAGCGGAUUUGCCACGCUGUUGCCACCUUGCACGGCUUGGACAAGAAGACCGUUCUCGAGGAGUUGGAAUUAGGCGUCCAUGAUGGCGCCGUGCUCAAGGUUACCAACAAGGGCAGUGCCUCGUACAAAGACCCGGGUCAUCCUGGACGUAUGGCGCCUCUCAACCACGUGGCCGCCGCCCAGGCUGUGCCCCAGCAGUCCACCACCAAGGAUCUCCAUAAAGGAUCUACCUUGAGCUCUGGAGACCUGCGGCACAUCGACUGGAAUAAGGUCCUUCGCCGGGCCCUCGAGGGUCUGGACGACUCGCACGGCUCCUCACUGAAGAACAUCGAACGCUACCUGAGGAACCAGGAGGACUUGGUCCACGUUAUCGCCAACCCUGCCUUCCAGCAGCGGCUCAGGCUGGCCGCCAAGCGAGCCGUCAGCAGGGGAGGCCUCCUCAAGAAUGGGCCGCGGUACAGGCUCUGCAGCGGGGCCGACGCGAGGACCGUAGUGCGCGGAUCCUGUUCCUCUUUGUCACCCAUGGCGACCAUCACUCUGCUUCCUCAUGAGCGAGAUCAGGUACAUCCACCAAUUUCAAUUUCACCACUCUAACCUGUUUUUGGUUGAAGUUUCAAUUUCACCACUCUUACCUGUCUUUGGUUGAAGUUGCCAUUUCACCACUCUUACCUGUUUUUGGUUGAAGUUGCCAUUUCAAUUUCACCACUCUUACCUGUCUUUGGUUGAAGUUUUCAAUUUCACCACUCUUACCUGUUUUUGGUUGAAGUUGCCAUUUGAAAACUUAUUUUUUUCGGUAUUGCAAUGAAAUAUGGUCUUACCAUGACAUUUCUGUGGGAUAAGAUGUUGACUGUUGUCUGUUUAUAUGGUUCCAUGGCGAUAUGGGUCUAUCUGUGGUAUACCUUUUGGAACCCUUGCCAAAUCCAGUGUCUACUAAGCCUUAGAUUACACUAAGGCUGUACUACAGCUUUCAUUGUGGUGCUUGAGACCUUUAAGUCAGUACAUCAAAUCUGCAUGAACAUGAACUCGCAUUGACCUCACAAAAGUGGAGCAAGCUGCACAACCCAAUCCGCCUCAUGUAACGUUUGAGUUGGUGGCCCUACCCUGCCACGGCCAGUUAUUUGUUCUCGAUUACCUAGAGACGGGGCCAACCACAAGAAAUGUUGUGGUUUCUGCUUGUAAACACAGCCCUGGGCCAAAGUUCCCUCCCUGCAUGGUUGUGAGUGAGUGAGUGCGAUAAGAUUCCCCCCCUCAAGUCACAAUGAUGCAUUGUAGAGACUUGUCUGUAAACAGAUGGUGAUGCUCUAGCUCCUUUUAGACAACUACUGCAGAGGUGUCAGUCAAGACAAAGCCCUUAGCAGCAGAAGCCUGCUCGUUUGUGCUGUAGGUUUUACUCUAUACGGGUCGUUUUUUAUUAUUACUUUUUGUCAACAACUCCUUGUUGGUAUUGCGGUGGUGAAAACGGUGCCUCCUGUGAUGUUGGUUGUUUGAUGUGGUGAUCUACUGGAAUGUUGUGAUUUGGAGGGACGGUGAGACUUCAGCCAGCAUCUGUGGUUCCCUAGUGCGUGUGUGUGUGUGUGGUGUGUGUGUGUGUGUGUGCGUGCGUGUGUGUGGGGGUGUGUGCGUGUGUGCAUGCACAUGUGGGGGAGGAGGUGUCAAUGUUUCAGUUAGAUUUGAAUCUCCUGAAACAAGACGUUCCAUUCCAUGACAUGGCCUAGUAGCCUUAUGUGUCAGCAACACCACAACACACCACCAACAACACACCUCUCUGUUUCAAUAACAUCAGCAAAUGUCACUUAAACCCCAAAAAACAUGAUGAGUUGAAAUCACCAAUGAGACUAAAUGUUGACUAAGUGUUGUUGCUGUGGUUAGAGAAGCUGUACUGUGUUUGUGACAGAGGUAACCCAACCAGUAUACUGUUGCUGAGACAAGAUGAGUCAGUUUGUUUUUCUGCCCAUCUUAUUUUAGCGUGGUGGUAUUGUUGAGAGAAUAUAACCGACUAAAAUGCUAUGUGUGACUGGACUUAGGCUUUCGCAUGUCAUCUUGCCUUUGGCUCAAGGUUUUCCACAAUGUUCAUCUCGGAUGCUUUUUACAUAAGUCAUGUGACUGAUUUCAGGAUUCCAAGGAGUGAAAAUAUCCUUGAGUGACUCGCAGAGAUUGUGGAUAUUUUUGCCUUCCGGUCUUGUUUACUGCAUGUAAUUGCCACUUUGGUUGUCUCCUUUUCUUCUUCCUCUUCUUUCAAAGUCUCCCUUCGCUUGCACAGUUAUGACACAGAGUCAGACGAGGUUAACUGCUAUCUUAUGGCCCAGGCCUCGCUUGUUUGCGAAGACUCCUGCGGUUUCAUCUGAGCAGAACUGGACUCUGUUUUUUCUUUUGCGCCGGUGCCAGAAGUGCCACCCCACGUCUGAUGAAAUGAAAAACGAUCCAACCUUGAGCGAGCGGGAGCCUCUGGCCGCAGAAGCUAAGGGGAAGGAAUGAGAUGUUGUUCAGCAGCGUUAUGUAACCCUUUGAGCCCACAGUGGAGCAGAGACUCUGCUGUUU